CUAAGGAAACCAUGACCGAAUCCUGUUCGAAUCCUCUCUUUCUAUCGUGGAUCAAGAGCUGGCUUGAUGAAGCACGCGAGCGCAAUAGCAAGGGCGUCACGGUGUACAAGAAGGCGUACGAGUCGAUGAAAUCAUGUCCCCUCGUAUUUCAACACCCGUCCGAAGCACAGCAGCUGAAUGGCCUUGGUCCCAAAUUAUGCGACCGGCUAACUGAGAAGCUGAAGGCUCACUGCUCAGAAAAUGGCAUUCCCAUGCCCGAACAUCCUAAUACCGCAAACAAGAAGCGAGUCUCGGAUGGGAAUGAGAUCGACCCAAAACCAGCCAAGAAGCCUAGAAAGGCAAAACCUUAUGUGCCGGCCUUGCGCUCCGGACCAUACGCGUUACUGCUGGGUCUUGGGACUCUCGACGAGAACUCGAACCAGAGCAUGACGAAAACGCAGCUGAUUGAGACGGCACAACCAUACUGCGACAGCUCAUUCACCACGCCGACUGAUCCGACGAAGUACUUCACUGCGUGGAACUCGAUGAAAACGCUCAUUCAGAAAGACCUUGUUUACGAUCAUGGACAUCCUUUGAAGAGGUAUGCGCUCACGGAGGAUGGAUGGGAGGUUGCCAAAAGGAUCCAAAAGACUCUGCCUGAAUUCAAUAAAAGUACCUUACCCUUCCGGGGUCAGUCGGAACCAUCCGACUCCCGUCUCAGCGCUCAGCCCCUAAACGUGGGGUCGAUGCCAGGGCUGUCGCGGCAAGAUAGCGCCGAAGAACACCGCUUCGAUACCGGCAUAUCGAACCCAACCGAAGACCAGGAGAUCACGCCCAUCACCAUCCCCCCAAGCAGCUUCACCGUCCAGCUGGUCCUGGACAUCCGGGAAGUCCGCACAUCCAAGGAUAGGGACUACAUUGCCAACGAACUCAGCAAGAAAGGUGUAACACCGGAGGUACGAGCCCUUGAACUCGGUGACGCCAUGUGGGUCGCCAAAUUCCAUGACCCAGCAUACCUAUCGCAAAAUUACGGAGAAGAAGGCGACGAAAUCAUGCUCGACUGGAUCGUGGAGCGAAAGCGCCUUGACGACCUCGUCGGCUCCAUUAAAGAUGGACGAUUUCACGAGCAGAAAUUCCGUCUUCGGCGAUCCGGCAUGAAGAACGUCAUCUACCUGGUCGAGGAAUUCAACAUUACUCAGGACACCGGCAGCGCCUCGGCCCUGAAAUAUCAAGAAAUGGUAGCAUCAGCGAUCGCCUCCACGCAAGUCGUCAACGGAUACUUCGUCAAGAAGACAAAGAACCUCGACGACACGAUCCGCUACCUCGCGCGCAUGACCUUUCUGUUGCAGAAAAUGUUCACUCUGCCUUCCUCCUCUUCUGAAUCUCCCACCACUGCCCCCUCUCCUACCAACACCCUCAGCUUAAUACCUAGUCGCCAGCUCUCCUCCUCUCAAUCCUACCUCAACGCCCUCGAACGUCUUCGAGCAGAACUCUCUUCUUCAUCCGUUACGUACGCUGUCACUUUCCCCACCUUCUCAAUCCUAACCUCCAAAUCCGAUGUCCUCGCACUGCGCGACGUCUUCCUGAAAAUGCUCAUGUGCACUCGUGGCGUCACAGGCGAUAAGGCUCUCGAGAUCCAGCGUCGCUGGCAAACCCCACAGGCAUUCAUCCAGGCGUUUGAACAACUAAAUCCAAAGGAUCGGGAGGAAAUGGUGUCUGAGCAGAUGAAAACGCUCGUGGGGAGGAAGAAGAUUGCGAAGGUGUUGAGUAAGAAGAUUGCGGAGGUGUGGGGGGAGAGUGGUUGAUUCUCCUUUCUGCCCUUUUAUCCAUGUAUUCUCUUUUGUUAUUUGUUCUAAUAAACUAACCAGGACUGUUACGCUAAUUUCAUGGAUGGGAUUAAUAGAGUUGUCGAUGAUUGUUUAUUCUCGAAACAUUUGCCAUAGUUCUGUACUGUACCUGAUAUAUGUAUCGGCGCUUUGAUAAGGAAACCCAAGGAGUGUUUGAUAACCUAUUUAUAUGAAGUACAUUCAUGUCCUCUCAAAGGGGACUGGGCUGUAUUAUCAGGAAGAUCAUAUAAAAAGUUUUAUAAUCCUAGGGUCACACAUUCAGC